UCAAAGCCCGCCAUUGGCGUGUCGGUCACGUGACAUACCAGAAUUUCUUGAGACAGGGAGUGUUGGGUUAAAUCGCCCUAUUGUUUAUAUUAAUUUUUCCCGUGAACAGCUGUGCCUGGAGGGCCAAAAACCGCUAAAAUGGAUCAUCGAAAACUUAUUGAUAUUUUAAGAGCCACUAUAGACCCUAAUCAACGUCAACAAGCCGAAGAACAACUAGAACAGAUUCAUAAGAUAAUUGGCUUCUCUCCUUCACUUUUACAAGUUAUCAUGAUGAAUGAUAUUGACAUGCCUGUACGACAGGCUGGUGUCGUUUAUCUGAAAAAUUUGGUUACACAAAAUUGGGCCGACAAGGAGGCAGAACCAGGACAACCACUACCAUUUAGUUUACACGAACAGGAUCGGGCCAUGAUCCGUGAUGCAGUAGUGGAUGCUGUUGUUCAUGCUCCUGAUAUAAUUAGGGUUCAGCUGUCUAUCUGCGUAAGUCACAUAGUGAAACAUGACUUCCCAGGGAGAUGGACAGAAAUUGUUGAUAAGAUCAAUAUUUAUCUCCAAAAUCCAGAUGGGAGUGGUUGGCCUGGAGCUCUAUUGUGCUUGUACCAGCUGGUGAAAGUUUUCGAAUACAAAAAACCAGAAGAAAGAGGACCUCUUAAUGAAGCUAUGCAGCUUCUAUUCCCUAUGAUGUAUUCUCUGUGUGUCAGGCUUUUACCUGACCCAUCUGAGCAGUCAGUUCUUCUUCAGAAACAAAUUUUAAAAAUAUUUUUCGCUUUAACCCAGUACUCUCUUCCUCUUGACUUAAUAUCAAGGGAAGUUUUCUCUCAAUGGAUGGAGAUUGCCCGUGAGGUCACUGAUAGACCUGUGCCUGAAGCUACCAACCAAGUAGAUGAGGAAGACAGAGUUGACUUGCCAUGGUGGAAAUGCAAGAAGUGGGCCUUACAUAUUCUUUACCGUAUGUUUGAAAGGUAUGGAAGCCCAGGAAAUGUCACCAAAGAAUACAAGGAGUUUGCAGACUGGUUCCUUAAAACUUUUUCUGCUGGCAUUCUUGAAGUGCUGUUGAAAGUCUUGGACCAGUAUAGAAACAAAAUAUAUGUAUCACCACGUGUUUUGCAACAAACACUUAAUUACAUCAAUCAGGGUGUUAGCCAUGCUCAUGCAUGGAAGUUCUUGAAGCCACAUAUGUUUGCAAUUAUUCAAGAUGUUGUGUUCCCAAUUAUGUCACAUUCACCAUCAGACCAAGAAUUGUGGGAGACUGAUCCAUAUGAAUACAUUAGAGUGAAGUUUGACAUAUUUGAAGACUUUGUUUCACCUAUUACUGCUGCCCAAACUCUUCUCCACUCUUGUUGUAAAAAGAGGAAAGAUAUGCUGCAGAAAACUAUGGAGUUUAUAAUGCAGGUGUUGAAUGCUUCCAAUGCUGACCCUAGACAGAAAGAUGGUGCUUUGCAUAUGGUUGGCACUAUGGCUGACAUUUUGCUGAAGAAGAACUUCUUUAAAGAGCAGAUGGAUGCUUUAAUUCAUUCAUAUGUCUUCCGUGAAUUCCAAAGCCCUCAUGGUCAUUUGCGAGCAAGGGCAUGCUGGGUAUUGCACUAUUUCAGUGAAGUCAAGUUCAAGCAGGAAGAAGUUCUUGCUGAAGCAAUCCGUUUGGUUGUUAAUGCUCUUUUGACUGAUGGUGAUUUGCCAGUCAAAGUUGAAGCAGCCAUUGCUCUCCAAAUGUUCCUCAAUGCUCAGGAUAAGGCACCAAAAUACAUUGAGCCAGAGAUAAAAAGGAUAGCUUUGGAACUCCUCAAUAUCAUCAGGGAAACAGAGAAUGAUGAUCUUACAAGUGUUAUGCAGAAGAUUGUGUGUACUUACACAGAACAACUUACACCAAUUGCUGUUGAAAUGUGUACACACUUGGCUGCUACCUUCAGUCAAGUCCUUGAAUCCGAUGAAGGAUCUGAUGAGAAGGCUAUCACUGCCAUGGGACUUCUCAAUACCAUUGAAGCAUUGUUAACUGUUAUGGAGGAACAACCAGAAAUUAUAGCUCAGCUCCAGCCUAUUGUGCUGCAAGUUGUUGGGCACAUUUUCUCCCAGUCUGUCAUGGGUGAGCAGCGAGCAUCUUUAACCAAAGGGGACUUCUGCUGCAAUGAGUUCUAUGAAGAAGCUCUCUCUUUAGUUUAUGACCUUACAAGCAAGAACAUAUCUCCUGACAUGUGGAAAGUUUUGGAACUUAUUUAUCAGGUGUUCCAAAAGGAUGGUUUUGAUUACUUCACUGAAAUGAUGCCAGCCCUCCAUAACUAUGUGACUGUUGACACUCCGGCCUUCCUGUCUAAUGAGAAUCAUGUCUUGGCAGUGUUCAACAUGUGCAAAGCUAUUUUGAAUCGAAACUCAGAUCCUUCCAUUAAAGAGGCAGUUGUUGAGGUCUUAACUGGUGAUUCUGGUGAGGACCCAGAAUGUCAUGCUGCCAAACUUCUAGAAGUUAUUAUCUUACAAUGCAAGGGGCACAUUGACCAGUGCAUUCCAUCAUUUGUAGAAUUGGUACUUGGACGCUUGGUUCGUGAAGUGAAAACAUCAGAAUUACGUACAAUGUGCCUUCAAGUUGUUAUUGCAGCUCUUUACUACAACCCAGAGCUCUUAUUCCAAACAAUGGAGAAACUUCAAAUGCAAAUGUCCCCUACUGAAUCUAUUACUGCUCACUUUAUUAAGCAGUGGAUACAUGACACUGACUGUUUCUUAGGCCUACAUGAUCGUAAACUGUGUGUGCUGGGCCUGUGCACCCUAUUAAGCAUGGGUCAAAACCGUCCACCUGUGUUGAAUGAAUGUAUCAACCAGAUUAUGCCAUCAAUGAUCCUUUUGUUUGAUGGUCUGAAACGGGCAUACGCAGCUAAAGCUCAGGAAGGAGAGGAAGAGGAAGAUGAUGACGAGGAGUCAGACAUAGAAGCAGAGGUUCUUUCGAGUGAUGAAGAUGAAAUUGAUGAAGUUGGAGCUGAAUAUUUGGAAAGACUACAGGAGAGGGUCACUAAAAAGGCAAACAAUAAUGCAUUUUCAGUUAAUGCCCAACUUCAGGAUGCUGAUUCUGAGGAUGACGAUGAUGAUGAAGAUUAUGAGGCAAAUGAAGAAACAGCAUUGGAAAGCUACAAUACCCCAUUAGAUGAAGAUAAUUGCCCUAUUGAUGAGUACAUUGUCUUUAAAGAAAUCAUGCAGAGUCUUCAAAUGGCUGAUCCAGCUUGGUAUCAGGCCCUCACUGGACAAUUAACUGAGGAGCAAACCAAAGGUCUGCAAGAAGUCUUUGUUUUGGCUGAUCAACGCAAAGCAGCAGCAGAAAGUAAACGAAUAGAACAGAGUGGUGGUUAUGUUUUUAACCAACAAACGGUGCCUGCAUCCUUCAAUUUUGGUGGAAGCCCACUUGGACAAUGAAAUUAUUUUCUGUGAUAGCGGACUGAUUUGUAAAUUAGACAAAAAGAAAAAGCUGCAAGUGUCUAUAAAUACUUCUAGGACAGGAUGACAUCACAUGUUGCCAAUGUGUGUAUCUUUAUAAUUUUAUAGUCAUUUAUCAUAUAAAUGAACAGAUUAGAAAGGAAAUAGAAUCUUAUGUUAUUUGUUAGCAUAUUGCACAUUUUUGUCCAUGUAUUAUUUCCUGUCUUUAUCAGUCUUUUUUUUAAAUCUUCCCUGUAAUUUAUUAUUUACUCCAUCAUGUCAAAUUAUGUAUUUAUUUAAAUACAAGUUGUUGGUUCUUGAUUGCUUGUUGCUUAAUUUUUUUAUACUUGCAUUUUAAAAAAAAUUGAAGGUGAAUGUUAAUCAAUGUGCCUUACCGGGAUGUACCUUAUAAAUUGUGAUGUGGACAUUAAAUUCAAUGAAGUGGAAA